AUGUCACUGCCCACUUCCACCUCCCCCAAUGGCCCCGCGCCCCAAGACCCAGGCGCAUCAGGCGCCGCCAAUAUGGAGGAGAAACCAUCACCACCACUCGAAUCCGCACCACAACAACCAGACCGCGCCGCAGAACCCACCCUCCACCCCGCCUCCCACAAACUCACCCAAUUCUACACCAUCUCCUAUCUAAUCUUCUUCGCCAUCUUCGGCACUCUCGCCCGGCUGGGCCUCCAAGCCCUAACCUUCUACCCCGGCGCCCCCGUAGUCACCGGCGUCCUAUGGGCCAACGUCGGCGGCUCCCUCCUAAUGGGCUUUUUCCAAGAAGACCGGAACCUGUUUCGCGAAGAAUGGGGCACCCCCAACAAUAACAAUAUUGACCCCUCUGAGCGCGCAAAACAACAUAAAACCAUCAAGAAGACCAUCCCACUGUACAUCGGCCUCACGACGGGUUUCUGCGGCUGCUUUACGUCUUUCUCGUCGUUCAUUCGGGAUGUUUUCCUGGCGCUUACGAAUGAUUUGUCGACUCCGUCACAGGAGAAUAUUGUUUCGAGGAAUGGGGGGUAUAGCUUCAUGGCCCUGGUCGCUAUUAUUCUUAUGACGGUUUCGCUGAGUUUAUGUGCUUUGUUGUUUGGAACGCAUCUGGCUGCUGCGUUGGAUAGUAUCACUCCUACUGUUCCAUUUCGGUUCACGAGACGGGUUCUGGAUCCGCUCAUGGCGGUGCUGGGGUGGGGGUGUUGGCUUGGGGCGGUGUUUCUUGCGAUCUGGCCGCCGGAUCGGAAUGAUGGUGGGAUGGAGGUGUGGCGUGGUCGUGCGGUGUUUGCGAUUGUGUUUGCGCCGUUGGGGUGUUUCCUUCGGUUCUAUGUCAGCUUGUUGCUGAAUGCGAGGGUGCCGAGUUUCCCGCUGGGGACUUUUGCGGUGAAUAUCUUCGGGACGGUCGUGUUGGCUAUGUGUUACGAUUUGCAGCAUGUGGGGAGCAUUGGAGGGGGUGUGUUGACGGGGUGUCAGGUCUUGCAGGGGGUUAUGGAUGGGUUUUGCGGGUCGGCAACAACGAUUAGUACUUGGGUGGCGGAGUUGAGUGCGCUUGGGGCUGCUGGGGGGAGGAAGAGAUGGGCAGCUAUGUCUUUGGUUUCAUUACUCAUUGAGUCAUCUCGGUGUAGCGCUACUUCACGCCUUAUCCUGCGAACACUUGCUGGCUGGUUGUCUCCCAGAGACGCAUGGAAACAUCCAGACCAGAUAAUAGGUCAACUGUUGGAGGUCUUUGUAGACGUGAGACUUGUCCACACCUUCCGGAAUAUGGUACAGGCACAUCCCCUUCAGGGCCUGCGAAGUGCCCUAUUCAGUUCCGGCACAUGUACUCCAGCUGCGCUUGACUCUGCAGUGGCCUUACCACUGCG